AUGCCUACUAGUGAAAGCCUAACGGAAGCUAGUUUGCUGACAAAUCUCCUAACGCCCAAGACCAAAACCAGAUUAGGGACCUGGAACAUCAGAACCCUAUAUGAAAGCAGCAGAUCAGCCCAGGUCGCCAAGGAAAUGAGAAGGUAUAAAUUAAAGGUCCUAGGAUUAAGUGAGACACGAUGGAACGGCAGUGGCCAAACUAGGUUGGUAUCGGGAGAGACUGUCAUCUACUCAGGUCACGAGGACGAAGAUCAUGAACACACGCAAGGUGUAGCCAUAAUGAUGUCUCGAGAAGCAACAGAUGCUUUGAUUGCAUGGGAACCAGUCUCGCCACGACUCAUAGCAGCUCGUUUCAAUGCCAAGGGAAGGAAAACAACUUUAAUCCAGUGCUAUGCACCCACAAAUGCUGCAACAGAUGAAGAGAAAGAGGACUUCUACAGCGCCCUGCAGGCUCAAAUCGACAAAUCACCAAAAAGAGAUAUAAAAAUAGUAAUGGGAGACAUGAAUGCCAAAGUUGGAACAGAAAAUAAAGAACGGGGGCUCACAGUGGGGAAAAAUGGAAUAGGCAUAAUAAAUGAAAACGGGGAACUCUUUGCUGAUUUCUGCGCAUUUAAUAAUCUAAUUAUAGGGGGGACAAUUUUCGCUCAUAAAGAUAUACAUAAGACCACCUGGACGUCACCCGAUGGCAAAACAAAAAACCAAAUAGAUCACAUCACAGUUUCCAGAAAGUGGAGAAGAAGUUUAAUGGAUGUUAGGGCGAAACGAGGUGCAGAUGCAGCCUCAGACCACCAACUCGUGGUUGCAAUACUAAAAUUAAAACUAAAAUCCUACAGGGAUCGAGCUGAUAAACCGCACUUUAAAUUCAAUACAACAUAUCUUAGGUUUCCAAAAAUAAAGGAAGACUUUAACUGUGCAGUAAAAAAAAUAGUAAAUCGCAUGGUCAGGAAAAGUGCAAAAGAAGACAAAAGACAGUUCAUACAGGAGAUGAUAGAGGAGGCAGAAACUGCGGCACGACAAGGAAAAAUGAAGAGGCUCUAUGAAAUAAACCAGGACACUAUCAGGCAAGAACAUUAA